CCCUGACAGACCCAAAUGCCUCAGCUGCCCAGCAAGCAGUCCUUCAGCAGCAUCUCAACAGCUUGGCUUACUCGCCCUUUGGAGAUUCUCCGCUGUUCCGAAACCCCAUGUCCGACCCAAAGAAGAAAGAAGAGAGGCUGAAACCAACUAACCCAGCAGCUCAGAAGGCCUUGACGACUCCCACCCACUACAAACUGACACCACGUCCAGCGACCAGAGUGCGGCCAAAAGCUCUGCAGUCGUCUGGCUCCGCUAAAUCCCAUCUGUUUGAUGGUCUGGAUGAUGACGAACCAUCCCUAUCCAAUGGUGCAUUCAUGCCAAGGAAGAGCAUCAAGAAGUUGGUUUUGAAGAAUAUCAACUGUAGCCCUUUGUUCUCGCCUGUUAAUCGUGAGAAUGAGGACCUGGCUUCUCCAUCGGAGUACCCGGAGAACGGAGACAGGUUCUUUUUGUCCGUGCCUGCCGAUGAAAGCCACAGACAAGAUGGUGAGCGAGAGGAGGAGGAGGAUCAUCACGAGGUGACGAGGUUUUACACCAACCCCAUUGCCAAGCCCAUCCCACAGACCCCAGAGAACACAGCGCACAAACGCCCCAGCAGCGUGGACGAUACCAUUGUGGCUCUGAACAUGCGCGCAGCCUUGCGGAACGGCCUGGAAGGCAGCAGCGAAGAUGCCUCCUUUCAUGACGAUUCCCUUCAGGAUGAGCGUGAAGAGGAGCCUGAAACUGUCCAUCACCUGCACCCUGCAGGAAUCGUGCUAACAAGAGCUGGCUACUACACCAUCCCCUCCAUGGAGGAGCUGGCUAGAUGCACCAACGACAGAAACGAGUGUAUCGUGACAGACUUCACCAUAGGCCGCAAAGGUUAUGGAUCAAUUUACUUUGAAGGAGAAGUGAAUCUGACUAACUUAAACCUGGAUGACAUUGUGCACAUCCGUAGAAAAGAAGUUAUUGUUUACCCUGACGAUGACAGAAAACCACCUGUUGGUGAAGGUUUAAACAGACGAGCUGAAGUUACCUUAGAUGGAGUCUGGCCUACAGACAAAACAUCCCGUUGCCUGAUCAAAAGCCCUGACCGACUGGCAGAGAUGAAUUACGAAGGCAGACUGGAGUCUGUGUCCCGGAAGCAGGGUGCUCAAUUCAAGGAAUAUCGCCCAGAGACAGGAUCCUGGGUGUUCAAGGUGGCACACUUUUCCAAGUACGGCUUGCAAGAUUCGGAUGAGGAAGAGGAAGAGCAUCCUUCAAAAGUGGACACGAAGAAGUUAAAAACCACCCCUGUGCUGCCCCCAGGACAUCUGCCGCCCCAGCAAAUGGCCCUGAAUGGCAAGCCAUCACCUCCAGCCCAGAGCAGGACCCCCGAGGUGGAGCAGCCGGGCAGAGUGGUGGAACUGGACAGCGAUAUGGCAGACAUCACCCAGGAGCCUCCCCACGAGGCCGUCGUGGAGGAUAACUUGAUGGAAGAGCCGGAGGCAGUGCCUGCUUCGACUCACAUCGCCUCAACCCUGGGUAUUAACCCCCACGUCCUGCAGGUGAGGAGCCUCAGUCUCCUCUCUGAAAGAGAGGACUUGAUAAUAUUUCUCACUAAUUUCUUAGUUUGCUUCCCCA